AUGAGUCCGACAAACGAUCAAACUAUGACAAAUAGUAUAAACGACGUGGACUCAACUUUGCAGACUAACGUUAGUCGUCUUGAACAGAUACGUAUAAGAUGUCUUUCCAAGUCAUUGAAGUAUAAGGAAUUUUUCAGGCGCAGUCAAAAGCUUCCAACUGAAGGUUUUAAUCACUUCUUUCUCUCGCAAGAACUCCGGCCAGUUGAUGAUAGUUCUGCUGAAAAUUUUAUAGACGAAAUCAGCACGUACAGCGAUUUGGAUAACAGUUCACAAUUUGCACGGAUGAACCGAGGGUCAAGUUCUGAAAGUGGUACAACCACUACGGACCAGAACUCUCACUUAAAGGUUUCUGAAGCAAAAUGUAAAGUUAAAGAGAACAUGACACAUAAGGCUACUUUCAUCUUGAAGUUUAGUAAUGAUGGAAAAUAUAUGGCAUCUGCCGGUGAUGAUGGGACAAUCAAUAUUUGGGAAGUUCUAUCAUCAUCGUAUGAGCGUCAUAAAUGUGCUCCGUGUGCAACAUUUCCAACUUCAAUUGAUCGGUCGAUAAAUUCCAAUGCUACGCAUGCUCUACCUAUGACCGACGGUGUUUCGUCUAUGGUACCCAAUUCGAUACCCAAUGUGCUAACUAGCAAUAACAGGACCGCAUCGAUGGCCAGUAUACAUGAUGAUGCUAGAAAUUUGAAUCCAUAUCUCUCAGUCAGAAGCUCAUCUCCUUCUGCAUUAUCUCUUGCCUCGCUGGUAAGACGCUCAAGUGUAAGAAGAGCUCGCAGUAGAAGCAGAUCCAGUUAUUCUUCUAUGAACAGUCUGUCACCUACUAUUGUUCAUGAUGAUUCCAGCUAUCAUACCAAAAGGAAGAAAUCAAAGGGGAAAAAUGAAGCCCCUGCUUUUGCGCCAAUUUUUAAGCCAAGACCAGUCAAGAGAUUCAAGCAUUCAGACACGAUUCUCUCUAUAAGCUGGUCGAAAAACAACUUUCUUCUCACGAGUUCUGAAGAUGGUACCGUUAAAUUGUGGCAUAUUGACCAGGAAGAAUGUCUAAGGUGCUUAAAACUUGAUAGCUUUGCCACCUCGGUAUUAUUUCACGAGAAAGACGACCGGUUUUUUGCCUGCUCCGAAUGGGAUGGUACGAUCUUUUUCUAUUCUAUUUUGGAGCACCAGAUUGUCUAUGAGACUAAGUUACAGCACCGGAUUACAUCCAUGGCAUUCAGCCCAGACAUGAAGUACAUCUUUGUUGGAUGUGACAUGGGUUAUUUUUAUAUAUUAACAUUGGAUGGAUUUAAAAGGGUUGCAAAGCUACAGAUUCAGCAUAAAAAGAACUUCCCCAGGAUCACCGGAAUCCGCACAUUUGAACUCGACGGUGAUACCAAAAUUCUCAUAAGUACAAAUGACUCCCGCAUCAGAUUGUUUAGUUUCAGGAGUAAAUCUCUAGAAGUUAAGUAUAGCGGUCUCGACAACGAAUAUUCCAUGAUUGAGGCUACGACAAACGAAGACCACACUUUCGUCAUUUCGGGUUCUGAAGAUGGGUGGGCAUAUUUAUGGAAGCUAUAUGAUUCCAAAGAUAGUAUCAUCAGUCGCCACUCGAAGUCUUUGAAAAAAUUACCGAUGGAAAUUGUUUCGCGGUUCAGAGAUGACAGCUGCCAGCUCAAAAAUAAGCAUUAUGGUGCGUUCCAUUUGCAUCACACGAGAUGCAACGCCGCAAUAUUUGCUCCGCGUACUACUCUAAAGUUGCUAGAACUCGGAAAUGAUCCUAUAAUAGAUCUUAAAAGCAAGUACGGCCGGUUUGUUUCUCAAUUAGGUCAUGCAGAUAAAGAUGAUCUAUCGACGGCUAUAAUAGUCACGACUGAUAACAAAGGUAUAAUAAGAGUCUUGAGAAGGGACAGCUCAUACUAUGUUCGUAAAAUAAUCAACUCGAAGAAAGGCGCCUUUAAAAAAGUCUUGGAGAAGGCUGUAAUAUAUUAUCAGCAAGACCAUCAUUCACUUACUCUUGGCCCAGAGUACAACAGUCUUCCACGGCCAUCUCAUGCUCUUUCUAUAAGCGAUUCUUCAACUUCAUCUGUGCAAUCUGAUGUGCGCGGAAGAUAUUCCUCCUUUGAAAAAUCUGGAGGAAGAGGACAUGCAAAAUCGAUUUCUGCAACGAAAUCCGGAACCCAAGAACUUACGAAUAAGGAUUCAAAAAGCCACUUGGAAAACCGCUCGCUUUCUGUUGUCUCCUCAGCUGCUAGGUCUGCAGAUAACUCUUCAACAAUCAGCCUUGAGACUACUUCGCAUAAUAGUUCAACAUAUUCAGCAGGAGGGGCAGUGUAUAAACAUUUCGAUGAUACCAAAGAGAACGCCUCGUCCCAAAAUUUUAAGAAUAUAGAUGAACAGAUUAGGCAACUUAUAAUUGAUGAUGGCCAGGAUUCAAAUGAUGCCGAAGUGUUGAGCACAUCCAAAAAAGAAAGUUCCAAGCAUCGCACAUCAGAAGACAGAAGUGGGAAUGAUCAUAGGAAGAAGGAGGAUGGCCCAAACGCCAGUGUAUCGGUACUUAAGGAAGGGCAUACGAUGAAUAAUAGUGUGUCAACCAUAACCAACCCACCAGCCAUUAAGGUGAAUAAUUCCACGAGGGUGGAUGAAGAAGAUUCUAUUGAAUAA